CCGCGCGCAUGCGCUAUGGAGCCGGGAGCCGGCUGCGCCGGGGACUGCGGCCCAGGCUGCGGGCAGCGAAACCCUUUGGGGGGCACUCUGACAAGCCGUGUGGGUCCCAGAUGCCAUGGGGAGAGGCCACCGUGCAGGCUCCAGGGUGAUAAGCCCCUGCCUGAGGUGUCCGUAGAGAGGCUCCCAUGCCGCGGUGAGACACUGACAAGCACCGCCAAGAGGCUCCAGGAGAUGUUAGACACAGCCAAGCCGCCCCAGGAGAUACCAGACACAGAUGAGCUGCCUACUAUGGCCCUACCAGUCGUGCCCAGCAGGGUGCCGUCCCCAGAGACUGGGAAGGACCCCUCUGAGAUCAAGCUGCCUCCCUGGCUUGGAAAGUGGGGGACUAGCCCCGAUAAGGAUUCGCCCACCACAGUGCCGGCGCUGCCCCCCACCCCACCCGUGCCAGCAGAGAAGCCCAGCCAGUCGGUGCCCCAGCAGAGCCGCGUGAGCCACGACUGGCAGAAGGAGAUAAUCGUGGACCCUCUGGACUCUCGUCCACAGAAGGAUUUGGGCAGUGAGGACUUCCAGCAUGGCUACCAGGGACUGCCGAUCCACCAGUUUCUCUCCUCACUCACUGACAGCUCCCCCCGAAAGGACUGUCCAUCUCUGAGGGCCCUGCUACUGGGGCAAGGGCAGCGGAAGGCCACGCUGGCAUCCAUGCUCUACGAGAAAUACAGCAAGGAGACGGAGGAGGAGAUCCAUCCCCGCCCGAGGCGCAUGGAAUCUAUCUCCACCACGCACCAGGACUACCGUGCCACGGGUUUCCAGUCCACACCCCAGCCCAUCACACAGCCUCACAACUACUUAACGGAGCAGCCAACAAGCUUCUGGAUGGAGCAAGCCCGAGGGCUGCCGGGUGUCACCGCCCUCUUUGGCAGAAACAUUCCCUUCAAGAGGAAUGCAGCCUUCUCCACUCCCAUUACCAUGAACUUAGGGCAUCCCGAGCCCUUCAGCCUCAGUGACCCCUACAACCCUUUGAGCAGCCAGCUUCAGCCCCACAAGCAGUAAAAAUCACCAUGUGAUUGUGAACCACAAUCACAGGUGGUUCCAGCA